GUCGCCGUCGUCGUCGUCGCCGUCGCCGUCGCCGUCGUCGUCGCUACCAUCACCAUCCCCGCCCCCCGCCCCCGCUGUCAGUAUCGCCGUCAGUAGCCAAAAAUUAUCAAGAAUAAACGAGAAGUACGAAGGAGGGAGAGAGAAGAAGGAGAGACAUACGAAGGGAGGCGGGAAAAAGAAGAGUUCCGCUUGACAGAAACGGGAAAAGAACGAUAUCUCGUCGUGGCCGGUGCGAGCAGAAAGAGAGAGAAAGAAAUAUCAGUCAGCGGAGGAAGCGGACAGAGAGGAGGCGACACAGUGCGAGCGCGUCGCAUCGGACGGCCGGGACGAACGGAACGGCGGAAUUGGAGAAAAGCGAACGGUUGGAAUCUUGGAACGAAAGCGACCGUGCGCGAAUCGCGGGACACGAGACAUUUUUUGAACGGCGGCAGCGGGAUUGUAAACAAUAACGACGACGCGGCUGCCGGUGCCGGUCGCGCAGUCACCCUCGGAAACUCGUUUGCGAAACGUCUGUUCUGUUAGCCUUCCCUUUCGUUACCGCAAUUAUCAGCACUACCAACACCAUCACCUCCACAAACGCCGCCACCAUCAUCACCAUCAACACUUCCACCAUCACCACCACCACCAACACCACCACCACCACCACCACCACCACCACCACCACCACCACGACGCGAGAAGUCAACGGGCCCGAACCGCUGGACGUGGAAGGGAAGAACGGUGAGGGCGAGUCGCGUGUGUCCUUCCCGUGGUGUGUCAUGGGGUGUUUCGGCAGCCAGAGCAGCAAGGCCAGCCAGGAUGACAGCAAAAAUCAGAAGAGACGAUCGGACGCCAUUACCAGACAACUGCAGAAGGACAAGCAGGUCUACCGGGCCACCCACAGACUACUCUUACUCGGAGCGGGGGAGUCCGGUAAAAGUACGAUCGUUAAACAGAUGAGGAUACUGCACGUCAAUGGUUUCAGCGAAGUGGAAAAGCGACAGAAGAUCGAAGACAUUAAGAAGAACAUUAGGGACGCCAUUUUGACGAUAACCAGUGCGAUGAACACGCUAACGCCACCCGUCACGCUGGAAGAUCCGUCGAACCAAAGCAGAGUGGACUACGUCCUGGAAGUCUCGUCUUCCCCAGACUUCGAUUAUCCUCCGGAAUUCUACGAGAUCGUCGAAAGUCUCUGGAAAGACCGGGGCGUCCAGCAGAGCUUUGAGAGAAGUAACGAGUACCAACUCAUCGACUGCGCCAAAUAUUUUCUAGAUAAGGUAGCCAUCGUAAAACAGCCGGAUUACACACCCACAGAACAGGAUAUCCUGAGGUGUCGAGUCCUCACGUCCGGCAUUUUUGAGACGCGGUUUCAGGUCGACAAAGUAAACUUUCAUAUGUUCGACGUCGGUGGUCAACGUGAUGAGAGGAGAAAAUGGAUACAAUGCUUCAACGACGUUACGGCAAUUAUAUUUGUCACGGCGUGUAGUAGUUACAAUAUGGUACUCAGGGAGGACCCUACGAAGCUGAGACUCAGAGAGAGUCUCGAUCUCUUCAAAAGUAUUUGGAACAAUCGAUGGCUCCGCACGAUUUCUGUGAUCCUAUUUCUGAACAAGCAAGAUCUGCUGGCGGAAAAAGUCAAGGCGGGUAAACAUAAAUUGGAGGAUUACUUUCCGGAAUUCGCACGUUACCAGACACCGGUGGAGCCUGGAGUAGUCGCGGAUCCCACGGAACCUCCUGAUGUCAUAAGGGCCAAGUACUUCAUCAGAGACGAGUUUCUCCGCAUUAGCACGGCGAGCGGUGACGGCAAGCACUACUGUUACCCGCACUUCACGUGCGCCGUUGACACGGAGAAUAUCAAGAGAGUGUUCAACGAUUGUCGGGACAUUAUUCAACGGAUGCACCUGCGUCAGUAUGAGCUCUUGUGACUUCGUUUCUGCCGACGUGUCCUGUCAUCCGUUCGCCUGACCAUCACGCUCGUGCUGCAUUUGGAGCUACUGCGAGCCGAAUGAGCCAGCCGCAACAAUGAAGAAGUAGGUAACCGCGCGAGGACUCGCGAGCCCGCGCCGUGUCGCGAGGGCGUACGGAGCGAGUAACGUGCGCGGUGGUGGGCUUCUCCUCCUCCUCCUCCUCCUCCUCCUCCUCCUCCUCC